UUUUCCGCCGCGUGAACAUGGGCGACUUCCGCGCUUUGUUGCUUCUGACUGCCGCAUUGGUGAUAUACAUGGUCGUUGCCGAAGAUGGCCAGGCACCCGUCAUCAAGACUUCCACGGGCUUCAUUUCAGGAGUGCGCACGUCGAUUGGAGGCAAGGAUGUUGACAUAUACCUCGGCAUACCGUACGCACAACCACCGAUAGGCCUCCUUCGCUUCGCAAAACCCGUGCCUGCCACGCCAUGGAAUGGGACAUACGCCGCCGUUGAAAAGCCUAAGCCUUGUCCACAGAAUACGCAUUACCACACGGACGAGGUCAGCUUUUACUACACCAAUCAUUCGGAAGACUGCCUUCACCUCAACGUCCGUAAGCCAGCAUCGGUGUGCAAAGAGGACUCCUGCGGCAGCAUGCGGCUUCCAGUAGUAGUAUUCGUUCAUGGUACGGAUUUCCAAUGGGGGGACUCGGGUCUUUACCUUCACGAUGGCGGAAACUUCGCAGCACUCACCGAUACUAUCUUCGUGAGCUUCAACUACCGUCUCAACGUGUUCGGAUUUCUCUCCGUUGGAAAUCGAGACCUGCCUGGGAACUGGGGGCUGUGGGACCAGAACCUUGCGCUCACCUGGGUACAGCGCAACAUUGGCUACUUCGGCGGAGACCCUAAGGAAGUCACUGUUAUCGGACACGGUGCUGGAGCUAUCUCUGCCGGUUUUCACGCCAUAUCGCCGCAGAGUGUUGGCCUCUUUAAGAGGCUUGUGCUGCUGAGUGGUAGUCCCAUGAAUGUCGUGACACGAUUUUCUUCUCACUCGUUUGACAGCGUUAUAGAACUUGGUGUAAACCUUACGUGCGACGGUGCGAAAGAGCGCGACAUUGGUGCAGUUUUAAAAUGCUUGAGAGGUGCGAACGAAGCUCAGUUGCUGGAGCAAGUGAAAGGUCCCUAUGUGACAAACUCAAUCUACGGACCGGUAUAUGGAGACGGGUACUUGCCGGAUGACCCUUACAUAAUUGGUAAUUGGAAGGAAAACAUCAGGAGUAAAGAAAUAAUGAUUGGUACUACGUCUAACGAAGGUGCCUUGUUUCUCUACAGCGUGAUGAAGGCUGUGCCCCGAUUCAACGACCUUCUUGUUCUCGAUUAUCGAUCGGCUGUUCAAAAGGCGAUUCGAGCUGCAUUUAGGCUCCGAGAUGAAGUCGUAACAGAGAUAAUGAAAGCCUACUUUUCGGGAUGGUCUCUAGACCACAACACAAAUGACGUGGUCACGGUUCUCAGCAAUAUCUUGGGAGACGGCCUUUUCGUGUGCCCCGCCACAUUUUUCGCAGAUGAGGCGUCAGAGCAGAAGAUACCUGUUUUUAGAUAUGUGUUCGACUAUAGACCGUCAUUCAGCGUCUUGCCAGCAUGGUUCCGUGCGUCUCAUGGAGAUGACCUCGCGUUCUACCUGGGUUCUCUUGUGUUCCUCGGAGACGAAGGGAAGUUCAUUCCCGGAAUUCGAGAGGACGAUUAUGACCGCUUUAAGCAACUGAAGUUCACUGCCGAAGAGGAGAAAUUUAUGAGAGCAAUGGUCACUUCUAUGUCACAGUUUGUGAAGACAGGGAGACCGAUGAUACCAGGAUCAAAAGAACCCUGGCCGAGGUACUCCUCUUUCGACCCGGCAUAUAUAAAUAUCGUUCCAGGAAAUAUCACUCGAGGGCUCGGUCCGAAACAAGACACCUGCGCCAUGUGGAAGCGCAUUCUCAUGAAAGAAGAGUCUGGACAUGAUGUGCCACGGAAGAGGCGAGGCCAACUCAAAAGUUCACGACGUAAUGUUCCAGCGACAGGUAGACGAACACCAUAUGCAAGAGAAGGCCAAGUUCCGACAGCAGGAAGCAAUUUGAUCGUGCCAAGUUGUUUUGUUUUAAAGAGUGUUAUGCUCCUACUGCUGGCAGAGGUAACAAGCUGGUCUUGAGAUAAAAACUGUGCGUGAAGUUG